AUGGAUCUCGAGAAUCUCGACUUGUAUGGUGAAUUGGGGGUCACGAAAAACGCCUCCGAGCGUGAGAUCAUCACAGCGUAUAGAAAAAAAGCGCUUAAAUAUCAUCCCGAUAAGAAUCCCCUGGCUGAGGCCAAGCACAAGUUCCAGGUUCUCACAGCUGUGUAUACUGUGCUAAGCGACAAGAAGCUACGAGAGGAGUACGAGGAGGUGCAAAAUCGCAAGCAAUCUAAAGAUGAGGGCUUAAGCAAAGAAAUACUUCGAUUCAGGGAAAAACUUCGAAAAGCUGAAGCCGAACAGGCCGAUUUGUUCAAGGAUGCUGGUUUAAGAGAACAUAAGAUUCAGCUUUUGCAGAAAGAAGCCCAAGAUCUUCGUUAUGAGUUUGAGAGACAACGGACUGUUCAGAAGUCGGGAUACACAAGCUUUCGAGACAUGGCAUUCACAGGCAGGCUAACAGAUCUACGAAUGGACAAGGAACACGAUAGAGUAGUGGAGGUGAAAUGGAAGCUACGAGAGGAGCCCGAGGCUCAGAUCAGUGCCAACCAGCUAUCUCACAUCAUGGCAGUAUUCGGCCCGGUAGAGGGAGCAAUGAUCAAAACACCCCGCAAGGGAUACGUCUACGGAAUUGUGGUGUACCAGUAUCACGAUAGUGCUCUAGAAGCCGCAGAGUACGACUACAGGCAAAGUGCCAGGCUAUGGGACCAUACUGGGGUACGCAAACUAGCGUCGCUACUACGCGGAUGCAAAUUGCAGCGGAGCCAUGUGCCCCGCAGCAGCUACGCUGGCCUCGUGGGGGAGCAGUUGUAA